CCAUUAUACCUCAUCUAAGAAGGUCACAGCAUCGAGUCACCGCACGAGACAGAAAACGGACCAGACACUAAAAUACACGCCACUAAAAUCACACAUGGAUCUAUAGGAACCAGUAUAUCGGUGAAUACAGCAAAAUUAGACGCGCCUGUCCAUUACCACAAGGUUACACAUAGCUGUAGUUUAUGCUAGGUUAUGUAUGCAGGGAGAAUUGCAGUUGCUGUUUGGAAGUGAAAUAUUUUUAUGGAGGCUUGGAAGGACGCGGGGGAGCGAGGAGCCGAAGUGGGGAAACUGGAGAUUGCUACAACGUACUGGAAACGACAGCUUCUGCUGGCUACGAGUAACCCACGCGCACGGGACGGGGUGGAAACAUGGCCGCGAAUGGCAACAAUUUAACAUCUGGGAUGGGAGAAAUUAUCCAACUGAACGUUGGUGGGACACGGUUCAGCACAUCUAGACAGACUCUCAUGUGGAUCCCAGACUCUUUAUUUUCAAGUUUGCUGAGUGGGAGAAUAUCAUCUCUACUGGAUGAAACUGGAGCUAUAUUUAUUGACAGGGACCCAACAGCCUUUGCGCCCAUCUUGAAUUUCCUUCGAACCAAAGAGUUAGACUUAAGGGGGGUAAACAUUAACAUUCUCCGCCAUGAAGCUGAGUUUUAUGGGAUAACGCCAUUAGUGAGGAGGUUGUUGCUGUGUGAGGAGAUAGAGCGUUCGUCCUGUGGCAGUGUUCUGUUCCAUGGAUACCUUCCCCCUCCAGCCCGUAACUCCAGCCCCACCCCUGCAGCCUCUGGCCUUGCCGCUGAGGAUCGGCCUGGUCCUAGCGGAGCAGAAGGGGGGUUCCCCCAAACCUGCCCCCCCCACACCUCCCUUCCCGGACCCCCUGGAGCCGAGGCGCCACACAGACUGGGUGCUGUGGUGGAUCCUAGGAAGGUGCUGAUUGUAGCUGGACAUCAUAACUGGAUCGUAGUGGCUUAUGCACACUUUGUCAUCUGUUACAGGAUAAAGGAGUCAUCAGGGUGGCAGCAGGUGUUUUCUAGCCCCUAUCUGGACUGGUCCAUUGAGAGAAUCGCUCUCAACGCCAAGGUGGUAGGCGGUCCCCAUGGCGAUAAGGACAAGAUGGUGGCAGCCGCCUCCGAUAGCAACAUCAUCCUCUGGAGCAUCCAGGACGGAGGGAGCGGCAAUGAGAUAGGUGUGUUUAGUCUGGGUGUACCAGUAGAUCAUCUAUUCUUCAUUGGAAACCAGCUAGUGGCCACCAGUCACAUGGGGAAGGUGGGGGUCUGGAACGCUGUCACACAGCAUUGGCAGGUGCAAGAUGUAGCUCCCAUCACCAGCUGUGACACAGCUGGCUCCUUCCUGCUUCUGGGUUGCAACAAUGGAUCCAUCUACUAUAUAGACAUGCAGAAGUUUCCUUUGAGGAUGAAGGAUAAUGAUCUGUUGGUGACAGAACUGUACCACGACCCAUCUGACGAUGCCAUAACUGCCCUCAGUGUCUACUUCACACCCAAGACCAGUGUGAGUGGUAACUGGAUAGAGAUGGCGUAUGGGACCAGUUCUGGAGCAGUGAGGGUUAUAGUCCAACACCCUGAGACAGUAGGCUCUGGACCUCAGCUCUUCCAGACCUUCACUGUCCACCGCUCUCCUGUCACCAAGAUCAUGCUCUCUGAGAAACACCUGGUCUCAGUGUGUGCGGACAACAACCAUGUGCGUACGUGGACAGUGACGCGGUUCCGAGGCAUGAUCUCCACGCAGCCUGGCUCCACCCCCCUCGCCUCCUUUAAGAUCCUCUCAUUGGAGGAGACUGAGAGCCACGGCAGCUACUCAUCAGGCAAUGACAUUGGUCCAUUUGGGGAGAGAGACGACCAGCAGGUGUUUAUUCAGAAGGUCAUCCCCAUCACCAACAAGCUGUUUGUUCGCCUCUCCUCCACUGGGAAAAGGAUCUGUGAGGUGGCGGCAGUGGAUGGGAACACCAUCUCGUGUUUCACAGUUAGGGAGUGUGAGGGUUCUAGCAGGAUGGGUUCUAGACCCAGGAGGUACCUGUUCACAGGCCAUGGCAAUGGCAGCAUUCAGAUGUGGGACCUCACCACCGCUAUAGACACUGCCAACAAGGGAGAGGAGAAGAAGAAAGAUGAGGUGGGCGGGCCAACAGAAGAGGAGCUGCUUCAGCUAUUGGACCAGUGUGACCUCAGCACCUCCCGCUGUGCCACGCCCAACAUCAGCCCCGCCCCCUCGGUGCUGCAGCCCAGCCGUCUCCGAGAGUCCUGCUCCAGCCUCCAGCUGCAGGCCCAGGAUCCCAUUCCAGAGACGGCCACUUACGGAGCUCUGCGACCCUACAGAGAGAGCCCACUGCUGGCCCGAGCCCGGCGCACAGAGUCCUUCCACAACUACAAAGACUUCCAGAACUUCUCCCUAGGGAAAGGCCUGCUGGAGAGCCCUGAACAGGCUCCAGGACAGGGGGCACGCCCAGGUACAGAAGCCAGAACCCGGUCGCUGUGUGAGGCUGGAGAAGAGGUUGGGAGGAGGGGCUCUGCCAUGGAGCUCUGGGCUAGCCAAACCACUAACGCCGCCUACGCUAAUGUCUUUGCUAACGUUGCAGCUGAGGGUAUCACAGAAUCGCCACGGCAACCGCUUGAGAGCCCUGGUGGAGACAUUCGUCGAAGGCUCCAAUCGGAGGAGGAGGAGUGGGCGGGGGUUGGAUCAGGGGCGGAGGCUAGGUCUGAGGUGAGGAGGAAGGCAGGGUUUGAGGGGGGGUUGUUUCUGGGCAGGAAGAGGGCACCUCCCGUCCCCCAGCUCUCCUCGCUGUCCUCUGGGGUGUCCUUGGGGGGAUGCAGUGACUCCUCCUCCACCACCUCCCCCUCCCCCACUAAGCUGGCCUCCACUUCCCCCCGGCGCAGGAAGUGCAGCGAGCCGGCCAAUCAGGACAGCAACCUGUGAGUGAAAGACAGCUCUGAUGCAGACACACCCCUUGUGUCUGUCAGUCAACAGCUUCAGGUAGAAGUUACCCCCGAAACACUGAUCUAGGACCAGCCAACCCUCCACAAGCCUAACCAUUAGGAGGAACUGGCCUUAGAUCAGUGUCUGAGGGCAACUUCAUCUCACAGGCAACACUCAUGUGCCGCAGCCUAAGGAUCAUGACUUUAACCCUUUAUAUAUCUCCAUCUUUGCUGGUAUCUGGUUGCUACACAAUUAAUAAUAAUAAAUCAUUUGGUGGGUGCUUAUAUUUGUUCUAACGUCAUACAUGUACGAGUGUGUAUUAAUACUUGUGUAUGAAUUGGACAUGUGUUUUUUGCAUAUCCCAACUCUCCAGGAGACACCCUUGGAGUGUGGGUUCAUGGCCAGGGUGCACCUCCAAUGUUUGUUCCAAUAGUCCCUCAUGACAUCAUUCAGACUUUUUGUGUUGGAUGCAUGUAGUUUACCGCAUGUUAACAAAGUGCUACAUACGUUUAUUUCCCCCUUGUGGUCACUUUCCCAAACCAGUAGCCAGUAGCCAUGUGUGUUGUGUUUUAGACAUGAAUGAAUUCAACACUUCACAGUAAAUCACUUUAUCUGUACUUCCUGAUCGAAACAGACCGCUGAAGAUCAAUGUGACUUUCCAUGGUAUUGUUUCUUUAAAUAUAAGGAGGAUUACAUUUUUUAGUGCCUUCUUUGACAUCAGCCAUAAUCUACGUAUCCCCCUGUCCUGUGAUGGAGAGAGGAUCUAGAGUCUUAAGGGCAGAUUCAAUCAGAUUGGCAGCCGCAUAGCGUCGUUUUGGAGGUGUCGGAGGUGGAGCUGCGUUAGAGCUGUCAAAUCCACAAGAGGCUCGUUGCGUAACCUGCCAUUGGAUGCAACGAAACCACACCAGACUGUAAUCCCAACAAAUCCCAUGUGGCCGUGUUAAAGUUCAAUCACUCAAAUUAGACUGGUGGGCAUAAAUCCCCCAUCAAAUGAGCAUGAAAACAUGCAUCAGCCUCACAUCAAUGACAUCAGUCAUUAUUUUUAACAUGAUAGAAGCCUGCACUUUUCUAGUGCCGUUUUGAACCUCUAACACAAAGGGAUAAUAAGGAAGGCGAUUGAUGUGUGACAGGAGCAUCCGCUCACCGAUAUGCCAGCUCAUACCGCUUGUACACCUCCAACACAUUCAGGCUGUAUCACAACCGGCCGUGAUUGGGAGUCCCAUAGGGCGGCGCACAAUUGGCCCAGCGUCGUCCGGGUUUGAUCAGUGUAGGCUGUUAUUGUAAAUAAGAAUUUGUUCUUAACUGUCUUUCCUAGUUAAAUAAAGGUUAAUAACAAAUGUGCUGCUAUGUGGAUGUCGGCAAAUGCUGGUUAAAGCUCCAUCUGAUUGAAUCCAGGCCUUAGACCAAAGGUUCUGACUGUCCAGUUGUCACAGGUUGGAUAGCUGCUAUUAUUGUCACUCCUGUCACCCAACGAUAGCUUUCAGAUGGAGAAAGAGAAUAGGGGAGAGAGAGAGAGAGAGAGAGAGAGAGAGAGAGAGAGAGAGAGAGAGAGAGAGAGAGAGAGAGAGAGAGAGAGAGAGAGAUCAAU